AUGGUGGUAGUCACGGGGCGGGAGCCAGACAGCCGUCGUCCAGACGGUGCCAUGUCCAGCUCCGACGCUGAAGACGACUUUCUGGAGCCGGCCACCCCGACGGCCACGCAGGCGGGGCACGCGCUGCCCCUGCUGCCCCAGGAGUUUCCUGAGGUUGUCCCCCUCAACAUUGGAGGGGCUCACUUCACCACACGCCUGUCUACCCUGCGGCGCUAUGAAGACACCAUGCUGGCGGCCAUGUUCAGCGGGCGGCAUUACAUCCCCACAGACGCCGAGGGCCGGUACUUCAUUGACCGGGAUGGCACCCACUUUGGAGAUGUGCUGAAUUUCCUGCGCUCAGGGGACCUGCCACCCCGGGAGCGUGUACGGGCUGUGUAUAAAGAGGCCCAGUACUAUGCUAUCGGGCCCCUCCUGGAGCAGCUAGAGAACAUGCAGCCUCUGAAGGGGGAGAAAGUGCGCCAGGCAUUUCUGGGACUCAUGCCCUAUUACAAAGACCAUUUGGAGCGGAUUGUGGAGAUUGCCCGGCUGCGUGCGGUACAGCGGAAGGCCCGCUUUGCCAAGCUCAAGGUCUGUGUCUUCAAGGAGGAGAUGCCCAUCACCCCCUACGAGUGUCCUCUUCUCAACUCCCUGCGCUUCGAGCGGAGCGAGAGCGAUGGGCAGCUCUUUGAGCACCAUUGCGAAGUGGAUGUGUCUUUUGGGCCCUGGGAGGCUGUGGCUGAUGUUUAUGACCUACUGCACUGCCUGGUCACGGACCUCUCAGCCCAGGGCCUCAUCGUGGACCACCAGUGCAUCGGGGUGUGUGACAAGCACCUCAUCAACCACUACUACUGCAAACGCCCCAUCUAUGAAUUCAAGAUCACAUGGUGAUGAAUAUCUUCUUCUAAAGUCUAAAUACAAGGAGAAACUGACAGUGUUAUUACAAAAGUCAUAGAUCCGGGUUAUCUACUAGAUCCGAUGGCCAAGCUUUUACCUCUCCCUCCAGAAUGCCUGCCUCCCCCCAUAUACACACAAGAACAGUAAGUUCAGACUUAGGAAGAGGGCAGUCCCAUUCCCGACGGCUAAGGACUUCU